ACGUUGGAGAUGCUGACCCCAUUCGUCAGUGAUUCUAUAGAGUUUCUUCAGAGAAACUGCGUUGUCUGGAUGCUGAGGUCAGGUACAUGCUGGAGAGUGAUAUGGCAGAGACUUUCUCCAGUUGGGCUUCUCACUGUAUCUUGGUCAGUAAACCGGACGGGACAAACAGAUUUUGUACGGAGUACCGUAAGGUAAACAGUGUCACUAAGCCAGAUUCAUUUCCUCUUCCUCGGAUGGAGGACUGCGUGGAUCAAGUCGGAGCAGCUAAGAUUGUGAGCAAAUGUGACCAGUUAAAGGGCUAUUGGCAGGUGCCACUGAUGAGUAGGGCAUGUGAAAUCUCUGCCAUUAUUACACCCUCUGGUCUGUACUUGUAUUUGGUUAUGAGUUUCGGCCUGCGUAAAGCACCUGCCACUUUUCAGCGACUUAUGAACAGGGUUGUCUCCGGUCUGGCCGGGUGCGCUGUUUAUCUGGACGAUGUAGUGAUAUAUGCAGAUACUUGGGAGGAACAUCUGUCCCGUAUUCAAUCCUUGUUUGACCGCCUAGCUGCGGGUCGCCUUACGAUCAAUCUGCCUAAAUGUGAGUUUGCUCAGGCGACCGUUACAUACCUUGGAAAGGUGGUUGGGCAGGGUGAAGUGCGUCCUGUUUGGGCUAAAGUGGUAGCUAUUGAUGCUUUUCCACCACCAACUACUAAAAAGGAACUGAUGCGUUUCGUGGGAAUGAUUGGUUAUUACUGUAGUUUUUGUAGGAACUUUGUAGGAACACUCCCUUGACAGAUAUGCUGAAAGCUAAAGCUGUUUACGUAUGGUCUUCUCGUUGUCAACAGACUUUUGAAGAUACAAAGAGGUUGCUUACCUCAACUCCGGUGCUGGCUGCUCCUCGUGUGGAUUUGUAAUUUACCUUGCAGGUGGAUGCUAGUCAUGUGGGGGCAGGUGCAGUUUUACUGCAAGCAGAUGUGUCUGGUGUUGAGAGGCCUGUUAGUUUCUUUUCCAAAAAGUUGAACCAUUAUCAGUUGAGUUACUCGGUCAUUGAAAAAGAAGCGCUAGCACUCAUAUGGGCGCUACAACACUUCGAGGUGUAUGUCGGCUCGGGAGUAGUACCUAUUGUUGUAUACACCGACCAUAACCCUCUCACCUUUUUGAGGUCCAUGAUGUGCCCUAACCAGAGGAUAAUGAGAUCUUGAUGUGUGGCACAUCCGGGGGACUGAUGCGCUCUCUCGUGCGCCCUGUUCCUGAAUGUCUACGUGACUGACCACUGUUAUUUUGUGUUUGGUAUUGUUCUAUUUCUCCUGUCUGUUCCCUUCUGGUCUCGUUUUCUUCUUUCCUCUUAAAGGUUACUUCCUGUGUGCAAAGGUUGCUGAGGUCUGGGGAGGACGAGGUUGGCUGUGGCAAGUGGAAGUGUGAACACGUAACCCCCUCAUCAAUUUGGGACGCAGAGGCUGGGUCAAUUUGUUUGUGUGACUGAUGGCUCAAACUCAACUCCAAGGCCAGCCGGAAGGAGAAGGAGCGUGGCGAGAUACAGGUAACGGUCCAGUUCACGCGCAACAACAUGACGGCCAGCAUGUUCGACCUUACCAUGAAGGACAAGCCGCGCUCUACCUUCGGCAAACUCAAGGACCGCGUGACAGGGAGGAAGAGGGGCGACGUGGAGUCCUCCUCGGCUAUUGUGCCGGGACGCUUCGCCGCCCUGUCGAGUUCCCUGGGGCAGCCAUUCGGGGAGGGGGGCGGAGGGAGAGGGGGAGAGGACCCCGGGGAGGUAGAGGUAGCCGAGGAGAAGCGGAGCAAGGUGAAGGAUUUUUUCCUGGGUAAGGGAAAGCUGCGGAGGUCCUCUGACACGAGGUCGUGUUCGUCGCUGGCCUCAGAAAGCAGCGUGUCAUCCACGACCAGUGAGAGCCACUGCCCCCCUUCUCUGGGUCUAGGCCUCCUGGUGGACCCCCCCAGCUCCCCCAUCUACAGCAGCAAGGUCAAAGACACCCACCAUGGAGAUACAGACCUAGCUAAAAAAGUGCUUACCACCACACAGUCUUCCCCAAAGAUACUGACCCACAAGCGAGCCUUCAGCGACGAGGCGAGUAGGAUCACCACGACUGCCAUUCCCCGGCCCUGUCCUGCUGUGGAGUCCCUCAAGGGUCAAGGUAUGGCUCUCUCCCAAUCCUCUCUGUGCAUCAAUGGAAGCCACGUCUAUGGAUCUGAACCGGUGGGUCCCAAGGGCUCAAGCACCCUUCCAUCCAAGCUGGUCCUGCUCGAGAAGUGCUCCCCUCUCUCUCGUUCGCUGCAGAACCUCACAAAGCGGAGCGAGGACAAGAGUUCCGCAGGCGAGGGCCGGCGCUGGUCCUUCGACAAGGUAAAGAAGGACGAGAAGGAUGAGGAGAAGGAGGCCGAACCUCCAGUCUCCCAGUUUCAAAGUGCUCGGGUGGGGGGUCGGCCGGUGCAGGCAGCAGCCCCGAUGCUGUCUUCUACUACCACGGUGGACUCAGCAGACAAAGGGAAGAAGCUCAGAAAAACGUUAUUCUCCGGAGGGAGGAGUGAUUCUCUACCUGCCAAGUCCGAGCUGAGCCAGGGUUCUCCUCCCCCUGAGGGGAGACUGCGAGGCUGGUUUGGCUCCAGUGACUCCCAGAACAAGCCAAGGCUGGAAGUUUCUCCUAAGGUAGAAAGCGAAUCAGACACCCCUCCUCCAAUCCCCCCUCGCUCCCCCAUUCCCCUCCAGUGCUCGUCUCCCUCUGCUUCUUUCACUGGCCAUGCCUCGCCCGACAGUGCCCAUCCAACUAACCCCUUCACUCCCUCUCUGACCCCUGACCCCAUCUCUCCCUUCAACCCCUUCCUCCCGCAUAUGCAGUGUAACCCCUUUUUUGAGGACCUCAUUGCAGAAGAGGGCCAGAGGUCCCCCCCUCUUGCUAUCUGCUCCCCCGUCACACCCCUCUGUCAUUCCACAGCUUUGCCUUGCGUCCCCAGUCCCACCCACGAUCCCGUCGUGCAAAUUGAAAUGGCCGCCAUAUGGCGAGACCGGCCCAGGCCUGUAGCCAGGCAGACGUCCCUCCCUGCCUUACUUCCGACAGCAGCGACGGCUAGCCCCCCCAAUCCGUUUACGUCUCGCUCCAUAUCAGAGAGUGGGGGAGGAGAAUGGGAUGAGUCCUUUGACGCCUUUGCCUCCAGCAGGCUGAAUUCACCAAAGGGCUCUGCUACCAAUCACCCUUCAAUAGCAACCUCAAGGCAAGCCCAAGUAAGAAGCACUCCUCCAUAUGAGAGUUACACUAUUCCACCCAUUGAGGAGAUGAGGAUGAGUGAAGAAGAAGAGCCUCCACCAUUGCCUCCACGGAGGCCCAUAAUACGGACUCUGGUGAACGAGAGACCCUCUGACAGCUGGUUGCACAGGGGUCAGGAACUGGCUGUGCAGAAAGAGGCCUGUCUCCUGUCACAAACAGGCGCAGCUUCCCUACAGCACACAAGAGAAUGGGGGCACAAGAGACACACACCAAGUCCCCACCUGUACCCAAGCCCAGGCAAAGACCUUGUCAGCAGUGACCUGUUGGACUUUCAUACCGUACACUCACAACAUUAUGCCAACAUGUCUCCAGAGUCUCCAUCUCCAUUCAAGUCUGAAGAUGAGUUCAAGAAGUUUGACUAUGAACCAUUACGAGAUGAAGAUGAUAAAAUUAGAUUUACUGAGCAGGACUUAUGGCCAGAUGCAACAGAUUCAAUAAUAUCGUUGGCCUCAGAGGAUACAACGGACGCCAGUCCCACUGUAAGAAAAUAUGCUAUUGUAAAGAACACUUCACAUUCUGAACUCAAAGACUUACCUCUGCCAGUAAUGCUUCUUAAUAGUGAAAUGACUGUAGCCGAUCUACUGAAUAAGUCUUCCCCAAAACACUCUAAAUCAGGUCUUAAGACGCUGGACAUUGCUUCAACUACACCAGACCCAACAACGGACUCGUUCUCAAUUCACCCAGAUAAGCCCAAGUCCAGAAACAACAAUUAUGAAUCACCUCCGCUAACCUUAGAAGAUCUUAAUAAAAACAAAAGUAACUCAGAUUUUUGUUUUAUUGACUCUGCUUCUGAUGCUUCCCCAUCUCCAUCUGACAUGAUGACAGUGCAUACCCUCAAAAGUUUAGGUGGUAUUUUCCCUCAAACUCCACAAGAUACUCCCAUAGCAUUAUCUCAUGAGCAGAUGAUGCUAUAUGCAGAAGAUAUGUUAAUUUUUCAGAAGACUAGUACAAUAGACGUCAACUCUGCUGUAAAAGUGAAUUUACCAGAAGUCUCCUCGCUUUGUCAAGACAAUUGUCAAGAUGGAGGUUGUGAAUUGAAUACAUCACGCAGAGAUUCUGCAAGCGAUAUGAAGAGCAUUAGCAUUUUUACGCCUGACAGUCUUAACAUAGAGAGAGAGACUGUAGAAUUAAAAGACACUCAAUCUCCAAUGGAUAGAAAUGGCAACAUGACAAAAUCAAAGAUAGACCGUUCAAAACUAGACCCUUCAUGUCAUGUUAGAUCUUUUCCAGUUUCGCACCAGAUGGAAAUGCAACAGGAAGUUGUACGCAAUAAACAGGAAGUGAGUCAGCCUCUGGCCAAACAAACCAAUCCUGUCAAUGAGUCUUCACCAAGGGGCACUAGUUCUCACAGAAGUCUCAAGGGAAUGAUACGAGAGCUCCACGGCAACAGUGGUGCAAAUAGCCCUGGCAAAGGAUUAGGUGAGAGCCCUCUUCACCGAUCACCGUCUCCUGGACAAAUAAUCUCAGAGAGCAUUGAAGGACCGUUCUCAUAUCAACCCACCAAAUCUCCUUUUUCCUCACCUUUGUCCCCGAAUAGAGAGACAGCGCUCAAUGUAGCUACAUUAUUUGUGUCCUUGCAAAAAAUAAACACAAAUAGUUCCACUCAGUCAAUUCCAAAAGGAAACUGCUUAACGGAACAUUCCUCGUCCAAAUAUGCUGGGACGAUCAGCUUUGAAGACCUCCACGCCAAAGUAGCCCCGAACGUGAGAAGCCCCAUGAGUGCCAGGUUAAGGCCUGGCAUCCCAGUGCAUGCUUCCAACCCCUGUGCUUCCAUCCCCUCCUCUGCUACCCCCUCCCUGGCAACUGAAACCAAUGGCCAGGCUAAGCUGCCCCCCACCCCUGUCCCCUCCUCCAUACAUCACCCCCCGACCGUGAGGCCCAGUACCGGAGCCAGUGCCACCUUGGCUGUGGCCCCCUACACCUCUUCCUCCUUCUCCUCCUCUUCCUCCUACACCACUGCCCAGCCCUUGGUCGAUGCACGGCACACACUUUUGCCUGAGGAGACACAGCCAGCUAGCAGCCUGCCCCGACAGGAGAGCAGCCCCCACCCAGUGAAGCCCUUGACCACCACAGCCAGUCAGGGGGAGAAGAAAGAGGGCCGGUCAGUUCUGGAGAAGCUCAAGUCUUCCAUCCAUCCAGGCCGCUCUGCCCAGCAGACACUGGCCGUGGCUGAGACUGAGAAGAAGAUUGAGGAAUCGUUAGCAGACAGCUCUGCCCAGUACGAGCAGCUGACAAACAUGGAGCUGAUUUCCCUUCUGCUGCAGCAGGAGAUGGAUAUGGAGAAGCAGCAGGUGGCCUCUGACCAGCAGGCGUCGAUGCUGGAGAAACACGAGGCGGAGCUGAAGAAGAUCAAGGCACAGGUGCGCGACCUAGAGGACUACAUCGACAAGCUGCUGGUGCAGAUCAUGGAGCAGACACCCACACUCCUCCAAGUGCGCUCCCGGCACAAGUGACCACUAGUGCUAGUGUGUGCACUUAUAAUCAGUAUAAUAUAGGGCCAUGGUCACCAUCAAACCCUGGUCCUGGAGAGCUCCUAGGAUGAGCAGACUAUUGUUCCAGCUCAGUCCCUACAAUAGUGCAUUUAACUACAUUUGGUGGUCAGUUGUUUAGCCAAUCAUGUGUUAUAGUGCAGGGCAUGAAACAAAAGCCUGCACAUCCAAGUAGUUAUUGCGGACCAGGGUUGGUUACCAAUGUUCCAGGGUCAGGUGUAGUCCAACACAUCCCUAAGCAAAUACUAAAUCUCACAACCAUCCAGGUUUCACUGCUGAUACCCUGCCCUGUUGAUAUAGACACAAUAUUACCCAUGUGCAUGCUUGCUAUUGCUUUACACUCGCUACUUAGGAUAAGGAAAGUGACAGCUUUUAUCAAAUGUACUGCAAGAAUUCUUAUAAAUGUGCAUUGAUGAAGAAUAUAGAAAAUGUCUUCCUAUUCAUAAAGUGUACAGUAAAUGUAAUAUUCAGUGGUAUAAAUUGUUCUUACGUGAUAUGACUUUGCAUACAAUUCUGAAAACAUUGAAGUGUUUGAAUUAGUAUAACAAUGACCCAAAUUGUCUUCAUCAUGGUAAAUACUGUCAUUAUUUGGCAUAAGACUCAAAAACAGACUGACCCGAGGAGAAUUCCACUGAACUUAAAUUUGUUUACAUGGAGAAAUGUGAGCUUCAGCUAGUGUCAUAUUGUGUAAAUUAUUAUAAAAAAUAUAUAAAAAUGAAAAUGCAUGAAGACAGAUGUCUUAAACAGACUGCUUUGAAGGAAAUUCCGCUGAAUUCAAAUUUGUUAAAAUGGAGAAAGAAUAACUUGAGCUAGUGUCAUAUUUUGUAAAUUAUUGUAAAUAUAUAUAUAUAUAUGUGAAGAAUAUAUAGGAAAACCAUGUGAAAAUAGAUAAACAUUUGGUAAGAGAACAAUGGUUUCUUUUCAAAGCUGCUGUAUGAAAAGCCAAAACUAACAAGCGCUAAUGAUUUUUUCUCCUAUUUAAGAAAAAUAAUAAUAAUUAAUUUUGCAACAUAUGCAACGCAUGACACCUUUCUCUCAACAUGAAUUUGAGAAUGUAUGCAAGUUGAAAUAUCCUCGGCUUUGAUAUAAUUUACUAUUCAUUGAUGAAGUGUGUGCAAAGAAUAAAGUGACAAAUGUUCAUGUGAAAAGGUAGGUACUACAAUGAAUUCAAAGGCAUUGAUUUAUGCUAAGUUAGGUAUGUUUUCACGUUUUGGUUUAAUUUGCAAAGAGAAUGUAUACAAUUACAGAUAUUUUUUGGGCAAAUCAUUUUUUAUAUGGCAUUGCCUGUAUUAUUUAGUACAGUACGUCAAUACAGUACUAUAAUUUAAAUGCUAUUCAUGACCUAAGCACUGUAACAUGUAAAAUAAAGAAAAUUGCUUAUCAAGUGA